CGUAACAACCACUGGAGCCUCGCCGGGCCCCUACGGUUCCCGCCCCACGGCCCACUCCCCGGAACCGGCGGCUGAGGUGCCGCCGCCUGCAGUGGAACGGCGACGGCGCCGCGGAGCCGCCGACAUGAGCACCCGCCGCCGCCCCUCGUCCCCGGCCCGGCCCUUCUGACAAGAGGUGUGAGAGGAUUGCUGUUUUAUUGCAAUCAUGGUGCAAAAAUACCAGUCACCAGUGAGGGUGUAUAAACACCCCUUUGAAUUAAUUAUGGCUGCCUAUGAAAGGAGGUUCCCUACGUGUCCUUUGAUUCCGAUGUUUGUGGACAGUGACACUGUGAAUGAAUUCAAGAGUGAAGAUGGGGCUAUUCAUGUUAUAGAAAGGCGCUGCAAACUGGAUAUAGAUGCCCCUAGACUGUUGAAAAAGAUUGCAGGAGUCGAUUAUGUUUAUUUUAUCCAGAAAAACUCACUGAAUUCUCGGGAACGUACUUUGCACAUUGAGGCCCGUAAUGAAACGUUUUCUAACCGCGUCAUCAUCAACGAGCACUGCUGCUACAGCGUUCACCCUGAAAAUGAAGAUUGGACCUGUUUUGAACAGUCUGCAAGUUUAGAUAUUAAAUCUUUCUUUGGUUUUGAAAGUACAGUGGAAAAAAUUGCAAUGAAGCAGUAUACCGGCAACAUUAAAAAAGGAAAAGAGAUCAUUGAGUACUACCUUCGUCAGCUAGAAGAAGAAGGCAUCACGUUUGUGCCCCGCUGGACUCCACCUUCCCUUGCACCCUCUUCAGAGAUGUCCUCAUCCUGCAAGAAACCAGCAGCGCCGUUGGCUGUAGUGGUCCCAGACCCUGCGCUAAAGGAAGGGCUGAGCAGCGAGCCCCUCAGCACCCCGAGCGGGGCGCCCGAGCCCGCGGUGGGGACCCCUGACGACAAACUAGACGCAGACUACAUCAAGAGAUACCUGGGUGACCUGACUCCACUGCAGGAGAGCUGCCUGAUCCGGCUUCGCCAGUGGCUCCAGGAGACCCACAAGGGCAAAAUCCCAAAAGAUGAGCAUAUUCUCCGGUUCUUGCGCGCCCGGGACUUCAACAUAGACAAAGCCAGAGAGACCCUGUGUCAGUCUCUGACCUGGCGAAAGCAGCACCAGGUGGACUACAUCCUCGACACCUGGCAGCCUCCGCAGGUCCUUCAGGACUACUACGCGGGAGGCUGGCACCAUCACGACAAAGACGGGCGGCCCCUCUACGUGCUCAGGCUGGGGCAGAUGGACACCAAAGGCUUGGUGAGAGCCCUCGGCGAGGAGGCCCUGCUGAGAUACGUUCUCUCCAUAAAUGAAGAAGGGCUAAGACGGUGUGAAGAAAACACAAAAGUCUUCGGCCGGCCCAUCAGUUCGUGGACCUGCCUGGUGGACCUGGAAGGGCUGAACAUGCGCCACCUGUGGAGGCCGGGCGUGAAGGCGCUGCUGCGUAUCAUCGAGGUGGUGGAGGCCAACUACCCCGAGACGCUGGGCCGCCUCCUGAUCCUGCGCGCCCCCAGGGUGUUUCCCGUGCUCUGGACUCUGGUUAGUCCAUUCAUUGAUGACAACACCAGAAGGAAAUUCCUUAUUUAUGCAGGAAAUGACUACCAGGGUCCUGGAGGCCUGCUGGAUUACAUCGAUAAAGAGAUUAUUCCAGAUUUCCUGAGUGGAGAGUGCAUGUUUUUGUUUUGGCUGACAUCUCUCUGA